CUGAUGACGCUGCCAGAAGAAGUUGAAAAAACCUUACAACAGUUUUAUAUAGAGGAUGAAGUACUUCAUGAUGUUAGUGAUAAAAUCCAAAAGGAAUUCGUCCAAGGUUUGGAGUACGGGACUCCGAAAUCAUCAAUUGCUAUGCUGCCUUCUUUUGUUCCUGCUUUACCGGAUGGAAACGAGAAAGGUCAGUACAUUGCAAUUGACUUGAAUGGCAAAAAUUUGCGUAUCAUGCUACUAAUGUUAAAGGGAUGUGAUCAUGAACCUGAACAUAUUAAUCACAAUUAUAUCAUUCCCAGUUCCGUUAUGGUUGGAACUGGAGACCAGCUGUUUACGUUUACGGUUAACUGUUUGAUGAAGUUCUUGAAAGAAGUUAAUCUGCUAGAUGCUUCACUUCCAGUUGGGUUUGUUUUCUGUUAUCCGUGCGAGCUGCUUUCAAUACGUUCAGCACGUUUGCUCUGGUGGACAAAAGGUUUUGAUAUAAAGGACUGUUUAAGAAAAGAUGUGGUCAAACUUCUGGAAGAAGCCCUCGAAUUGAACAUGCUAACAAAUGUGAAAAUUAAAGCAGUAAUGAAUGAUACUGUGGGUCAGUUAGCUGCUGCUACCUACAAGUAUGGUCCAGAGUGUACAAUUGGUGUCGUGAUCGGUUAUGGUUGCAAUGCAUCGUAUUUGGAAGAUACAGCAAAAAUUAAAAAAUUCAAUGCCGCUACAGCUGGAUAUAAAUUUGACAAGAUGGUGGUUGUUACCGAGUGGGAAGAGUUUGGCGAAAAGGGUGAACUAGUUGAUAUUUUAACACGGUUCGAUCAAGAAAUUGAUGAGUCAUCUGUCCACAAAGGCAAGCAAAUGAUUGAUAAACUAACUGGAGCACUAUAUCUGGGUGAAUUAGCGCGUCGUAUUCUAGCACAGUUUGCUUUGGAUGGGCUUUUAUUCAGUGGAAAACCUUGUGAAAAACUAGAAGAAGUUGAUUCUUUUCCGACUAAAUACAUUUCUGAAAUCUUAAGUAAUGAAGAAGGAAAUUUCAAAGUUUGUCGGCGGAUAUGCGAUGAGCUUGACGCACCAAGUCACUGCACUACUGAUUAUGAAAUUAUCUAUGAAGUUUGUCACGCUGUAUCGCAGAGAUCUGCUGCCGUUGUUGCUGCUGCAAUAGCAGCUUUAUUGCGUCAUCUUAAUCAAAGUCCUAUAAAAAUAGGAGUGGGCGGUGCCUUAGUUCAAUUUCAUCCUACUUACCUGUCAUUGUUAGAAAAGAAAUUGCACGAGUUGGCUCCUUUAAACAUUCAGGUACCUUGGCAGUUGGUACCAGCCGAUGAAGGCGGUGCCAAAGGUGCUGCAAUGAUUGCCGCAGUAACUGAAAAGAUGGCACUGUGA